CGAUUGAAACCCAAUUCUGAAAGAAGGUUUUCUUUUUUCCCCCUUUUCGUGUUCUACAUAUUAUCCGAGAAACCCUAGCGAUUAAUCAAAUUAUCAUCUGCGAAUUCGAAAUUUCAAUACAGUUGAUUGAACCAGAAUGGAAAGCGGCGAAGGUGAAGGCGAAGAGGUGAGCAUUGAAGAACUCGCCGCCAACCUCUCUACUUACAAACAGCAGCUUGGACAGGUCCGUAAGCUAUUGAAUGACGACCCAAAGAACUCUGAGUUCCUGGACAUGCAGAAGGAACUUAUGGAGGUGAUUCAAUUGACAGAGGAGCUGCUGGAAACUGCAAAACAUAGUGAUAGUAGUCCUGGAAUUGUUGCGGGGACUAAUGGCGAAUCAUCUCAAAAUUUACAUCUGUCUGGGAACUCCUUUCAGGAAUCAAGAUCUACUGCCGAUGAUGGUGAUAAGUUUCCUAUUGGCACCAAAGUUCAAGCAGUCUGGAGUGAAGAUGGAGAAUGGUAUGAUGGUACAAUUGAGGAACUUACUCCGAAUGGGUAUUAUGUUCGCUAUGAUGGAUGGGGUAAUCGGGAAGAGGUGGAUCCUGAUAAUGUGAGACCAAUCCAAGAAAGCAAUCCUGACCCUUUACUAGAAGCUGAAAAGAUUGCUGUGGCUACAAAAGAAGCCCUUAAACGUAAGAUUGCCCAAGCUGCUUCUAAAGAGUCCGAGUCCUGGACUGUUCCUCAAAAACUUCAGAUCGAUCCCAACGAUUCUGAAGAUGUGAAAGCCGCAAAACGGAAAAAGUUGCAUGCUUUUAAGUCCAAGAUGCGGAUGGAAGCAAAAGAGGUUACUCAAAACAAGAGGCAGAAUGCAUGGCAACAAUUCCAGACAACUAAAGGCAGAGCUAAAAAGGUUGGUUUCUUCUCGGGUCGAAAAAGAGAGAGCAUAUUCAAAUCGCCAGACGAUCCAUUUGGGAAGGUUGGAGUAACUGGAAGUGGGAAAGGUUUAACCGAGUUUCAGAAAAGAGAAAAGCAUCUACAUCUCAAAGGUGGAAAUAUAGAAGGUGCAGACGAGUAAAGAUCGAAACUCUCUCUUUUUUCUGAUCCGAUGAGUUUUGUGAUUGGAUUUAGGAGCUAUGUAACAUUUGUGUAUCGUUAUAUUAUAUGGUUGCAAUGCCUUUUUUUUUCUGUUGCAUUAGUUCAUAGUUGAUAUAAGACUCUGUCAACAAGUUUAAUACUGGUUGAUUUUACUUCAUUUUGUUCUAUGUUGUGUACAUUGUUGUUUUCUUGUU